AUGGCGUCCAACCCCACCCCAGAUUCCAAGCCUUCCCUCUACCUCGAGAACAUGGAUGAGGUCCGUAAGGUCUUCGAGCGCUUCGAUGCCAACAACGACGGCAAGAUCUCGGCUGACGAGCUCCGCGGAGUCCUCACCGCCCUAGGAUCCGACACCUCCCCCGAAGAGGUCGCCCGCAUGAUGCAGGAGAUAGACACCGACAAGGACGGCCACAUCAACCUCCAGGAGUUCGCCGCCUUCUGCAGCGGCGACGCCGAUCCUCACCGCUCGGCGGAGAAGGAGCUCCGGGAGGCCUUCGAGCUGUACGAUCAGGACCACGACGGGAGGAUCUCGGCAGCGGAGCUCCACAAGAUCCUCACGCGCCUCGGCGAGCGCUGCUCCGAGCAGGAUUGCGCCGGCAUGAUCAAGUCCGUGGAUUCCGACGGGGACGGCUAUGUGUGCUUCGAGGAGUUCAAGAAGAUGAUGAGCAACAACAAGGACGCCAAGUAG